UUCCAGCCAUGGGUGAGGUGACAGCAGAGGAGGUGGAGAAGUUCCUGGACUCGAAUGUCAGCUUUGCCAAGCAGUACUACAACCUCCGCUACCGGGCCAAGGUCAUCUCGGACAUGCUGGGGGCCAAGGAGGCCGCGGUGGACUUCAGCAAUUACCACUCGCUGAACAGCGUGGAGGAGAGUGAAAUCAUCUUUGACCUCCUGCGGGACUUCCAGGAGAAUCUGCAGACCGAGAAAUGCAUCUUCAACGUCAUGAAGAAGCUGUGCUUCCUUCUGCAGGCAGACCGCACGAGCCUGUUCAUGUACAGGGUCCGAAACGGCAUCGGGGAGCUGGCCACGCGGCUCUUCAAUGUUCACAAGGAUGCUGUCCUUGACGAAUGCCUCGUGGUGCCCGACUCGGAGAUCGUGUUCCCCCUGGAUAUGGGUGUGGUUGGUCACGUCGCACACUCUAAAAAGCUCGCCAACGUCCUCAACACAGAAGAGGAUGAGCAUUUCUGUGACUUCGUGGACAUCCUCACAGAAUACCAGACCAAGAACAUCUUGGCUUCCCCCAUAAUGAAUGGGAAGGACGUGGUGGCCGUACUCAUGGCUGUGAAUAAACUGAAUGAGCCCCAUUUCACCAAGAGAGAUGAAGAGAUUCUUCUCAAGUACCUCAAUUUUGCAAAUAUAAUCAUGAAGGUGUACCACCUGAGUUACCUGCACAACUGUGAGACUCGGCGUGGCCAGAUACUGCUGUGGUCUGGGAGCAAAGUCUUUGAAGAGCUUACGGAUAUCGAGCGGCAGUUCCACAAAGCCCUGUACACAGUCCGAGCCUUCCUCAACUGCGACAGAUAUUCUGUGGGGCUCUUAGACAUGACCAAGCAGAAGGAAUUUUUUGACGUGUGGCCAGUCCUGAUGGGUGAGGCUCCACCCUAUUCUGGUCCCAGGACUCCGGAUGGAAGGGAAAUCAACUUUUACAAGGUCAUUGACUACAUCCUGCAUGGCAAAGAAGACAUCAAAGUAAUCCCGAACCCACCUCCUGAUCAUUGGGCUUUAGUAAGCGGUCUCCCCACUUAUGUUGCCCAGAAUGGCCUGAUUUGCAACAUCAUGAAUGCGCCUGCGGAGGACUUUUUCGAAUUCCAGAAAGAGCCUCUGGAUGAGUCCGGAUGGAUGAUCAAGAAUGUCCUUUCUAUGCCAAUUGUGAACAAGAAGGAAGAGAUUGUUGGGGUGGCCACGUUUUACAAUCGCAAAGAUGGGAAACCCUUUGAUGAGAUGGACGAGACCCUCAUGGAGUCUUUGGCUCAGUUCCUGGGCUGGUCCGUCUUAAAUCCUGACACCUAUGAGUCAAUGAACAAACUUGAAAACAGGAAGGACAUUUUCCAGGACAUGGUAAAAUACCACGUGAAGUGUGACAACGAAGAGAUCCAGACAAUCCUGAAAACCAGAGAGGUGUACGGGAAGGAGCCAUGGGAAUGUGAGGAAGAGGAACUCGCUGAGAUCCUGCAAGGAGAGCUGCCAGAUGCGGAGAAAUAUGAAAUUAAUAAAUUCCACUUCAGCGACUUGCCCCUGACAGAGCUGGAGCUAGUGAAAUGUGGGAUACAGAUGUACUAUGAGCUCAAAGUGGUAGAUAAAUUUCACAUUCCUCAGGAGGCGCUGGUGCGAUUCAUGUACUCGCUGAGUAAGGGCUACCGCAGGAUCACCUACCACAACUGGCGGCACGGCUUCAACGUGGGGCAGACCAUGUUCUCCUUGCUGGUGACAGGAAAGCUUAAGCGGUACUUCACGGACCUAGAGGCUUUGGCCAUGGUCACCGCUGCCUUCUGCCAUGACAUUGACCACAGAGGCACCAACAACCUCUACCAGAUGAAAUCCCAGAAUCCACUGGCCAAGCUCCAUGGGUCCUCCAUCUUGGAAAGACACCACUUGGAGUUUGGCAAAACGUUGCUGAGAGAUGAGAGCCUGAAUAUCUUUCAAAACCUCAAUCGCAGGCAGCACGAGCAUGCAAUCCACAUGAUGGACAUUGCAAUCAUCGCCACAGACCUUGCCCUGUAUUUCAAGAAGAGGACAAUGUUCCAAAAGAUCGUGGAUCAGUCUAAGACAUAUGAAACUGAACAGGAGUGGACACAGUACAUGAUGCUGGAGCAGACCCGGAAGGAAAUUGUUAUGGCCAUGAUGAUGACCGCCUGCGAUCUCUCAGCCAUCACCAAGCCCUGGGAGGUACAGAGUAAGGUAGCUCUGCUGGUUGCUGCCGAAUUCUGGGAACAAGGUGACCUGGAGCGCACAGUGCUGCAGCAGAACCCCAUCCCCAUGAUGGACAGAAACAAGGCAGAUGAACUUCCCAAGCUUCAGGUCGGCUUCAUUGACUUUGUCUGCACCUUUGUCUACAAGGAAUUCUCCCGUUUCCAUGAGGAGAUCACUCCCAUGCUGGAUGGGAUCACCAACAACCGCAAGGAGUGGAAGGCGCUCGCGGAUGAGUACGAUGCCAAGAUGAAGGCGUUGGAGGAGGAGAAGCAGAAGCAGCAGGCAGGCACGCAAGCGGCGGCGGGAAAUCAGCCCGGGGGCAACCCCAGUCCAGCAGGGGGCGCACCAGCAUCCAAGUCCUGCUGCAUCCAGUAGCCCAGCCCGGCAUCAGCUGACCAGAAUGGUCCCACCCUCGUGGAAAGAGAAUCCCCCAAGCCGGCAGAAACCCAAAAACCUUCUUGAGAAGUAAAAGAGUCCUAGGACUUGAAAGCGGAACGAGAAUUUAGCUUACAUCCUAUCUAGUGGUUUUUCUUUCCAUCAUUUUUUUUUUUUUCAGUUUUGAGUACUUUUCUCUUGCGAGAAAACCAAUCACCCAUCCUUUUCCAUUUCUUUCGCAUUUUUUCCCUUAGCUGAAGU